UUUUUAAAAAACACAAACACAUUUUAACAUAACAAAUAAAAUUAUUUUUUUUAAGUAAAAAUUAUUAUUAAAUAAGUAGUAUUACCCGUAAAUAGUAAUGUCCACCACCAACACUGGUACCGAUAGUCCGGCCACACGGGCCGAGUUUGCCGUCGAAAUGCACUGCCAGUCAUGUAAGGACAAGAUAGCCGCCGAAGUGGCCAAACUUCGCGACGUACGGAUAGUGGACAUUGAUGUCGACCAACAGAAACUGGUAGUCGAGCUGUUGUCGCCAACAACCGGCGGUUCAUCUGUUCACGAGAUACAGUCGGCUAUCGAGUCCGGGUGUGGCCUACGGACAGUUGUCAAAGGUCUCGGCGAUAGUUUGGCCGCCGUUAGCGAGAUUACCGGUUACGAUGAUAUUGUCGGUGUCGUCCGAUUUACACAACAAACGGCGACUUCGGCGACGGCCAAUCAGUGUCUGGCCGACGGUGUUAUCGAUGGUCUCAGGGCUGGCCAACGAUAUUCGUUGAAUGUCCACGAGUUUGGCGAUCUAAGUGGCGACCGAUUUGAACACUUGGGCUCAGUCUAUAAGCCGGUGAUCGGCGGCGGCGGCAGUGAUGAUGAACUGACAGCCAAUGACCUGUCGUAUCCAUCGCGCGGUUCGUUCAAACGCUUGAUUGCCGACUGCGAUCUGAGCCGUUUUAUUGGCCGCUCGCUGGCCAUCAGCCGUUCAAGCGAUCGGACGGUAGUCGGCGCCGGUAUUGUCGCCCGAGCGUCGACAGUGGGCGACAAUUCCAAGCGUAUCUGCGCGUGCAGUGGCCGUACCCUAUGGGACGAGCGGGCCAUCAAACAAGAGGACAAAACCAGUUCGGAACUAGUGUUCAGUCCAAGCGAUUACUACUGUCCAACAAUUGUCGGCAACUUAUCUGAAGAUCGUCCACUGGACCGACUGUUGCGGUCAAAAUGGACGGCCAGACUCUCUGUGGACGGUGUAUUCAACUAUAAAGUUACCGAAAACUCGCUAAUCUCGAAACGACUGGACGGCCGCUACGGUAUGAUAGCUGUACUGAAUCCGGAUCGUCACACGAAACGCCGUCGGCCACAGUUGACCACCGAUUUGCGGCAAUCGUUCGACGAAAACAGGUUUAACUUUACUCGUAUAAAACCCGCAGAAAUACUAUUCAGUGUCCAGUCCAGCGGUGGCCAACUUUCGGGUACAAUUGUGGUCAAUCAGUCGCCAAUUGAGUUUUGUAAUGCCCUACUAGUGCCGCGACUCGAAGCCCGUCGACCACAACGGUUGACCGCCGACUCGCUAGAAUUGGCCAUCAAUUUGGUGGCCAUCAGCGGUCGCCAGGAGUUGAAACUCGGUUUCAAUUCGUUGGGUGCCAUGGCUUCGGUUAAUCAUCAACACUGGCAUCUAUACUACUAUCGACACCCGAUACUAAUCGAAUCGCUGGCCAUUGACCAGCAAACUCAUCGGCUAAUCGGUUGGCCAAUCGAUACACUGGUCUACGAGUUCGGUAUCGAUCCGACAACUAUACGAUCGACUGUCCAGAAACUGAUGCAAAUCAUAGACUACUGUAUCAACAAUAAUAUUGCAUACAAUCUGUUUGUUAGCCGUACUCCCGCUUCGGCUGCCGAUGACGGGUCACGUAUACGUGUGUUUGUAUGGCCUCGGGAACCCGUGUUUGGCCAGAAAGAUGAUUCCCAAAUAAAUGUUGCUUUCUGUGAGUUUACCGGAUUUUUUAUAUGCAAAUCACGGGAAAUGUUUGACACUAUUGAUGAGGAACUGUGUGUCCGACUGUUGACGGAUGUCGACACCAAAUGCCAUGAUUUACAACAUUUAAACUAUAAUCCACUGAAAUCGCCGACAAUACAGAAAAUACGUGACCUCCCAGUGCUUCAGCUGUUGGGUCUGAUCAACGAUGUGGUCGAACCGGUAGUUACUUUUGCCGAAGUAUUGUUGCUGUUGGAGGAAAAGUCGAAACCAAAAGUACCGCCGCCGAAGCCAUACCUCCCACCACCACCACCGCCAGCACCGGGAGGUCAUUAUCAACAACAACAACAACCAAUUCAUUUGCAAACACACGACCAGAUUAUGGUCUUCACUGGCAAUAAUCAUCUUCAGGUAAAUCACUACAAGAAAUACAGUGAUAAUAAUAAUAAUGAUAAUAAUGUGCCCAAAGAUAUGCCAUAUGUUGAUAAACAAUUAGCAAAUAAUUAUUAUACGAAAACUAAAAGUAAAACUAAUGCCAAACCAUCAAACAGUUAUACCGCCGGCGCCGCCACCACCACCACCAGUGCCGCCGCCGCCGAAAACAACGAUCUGGUAGUACUGGAGUCUACACACCAGCGGCCACUGGCCAACAAUAUCAUAGAAAUAUAUGAUAGAAAAAAUCGGGAGCCAAAAUUGUUGGCCAGUCGUGUCCGUUACCAUCACUACUACUCGUCGCUGUCGCCGCCGGCAAUGGCAUCCCAGCCAUCAUCGAUGAUGACCACCACCACCACCACCGACACCGAUACCAUCAACAGUCAUGUCCUACCACUAGAUGGUCGACAACAACAACAAUAUAUUGAUAAUAAUAAUUUUGUCUUUGACUUUACCGAUGAUAAUGAUAAUCAAUUAAAUCAGUUUCAAUUGGUCCGUGACUUACCAAACAAUUUUGCCAUAGCUUUCGGGUAA